AAACGGUUGAAAACGGUUGUAAAUGCUUUACAUCUAACAGAACGAAUAUUAAGAAAAAAAUGUUUUAAAAAACGAAAGUUUCUAUAGUUUCCGCAUUAAGGAAUCUGUAAUACAAACCUUUACAAUUAUUUGAAUGUACACCGGAAGUGUGUUUGUGCUGGAUGGAGAGACAGCGGCGAGACAGACACAGACAUCAAAGGCACACACUGGUGCAACACCCUCGCCUCGAAGAUUUAUUUGCGAACUAAAUCUCCUGAUCUGGAUUAUUAUAACCGGGUAGGGGACCUGGUGUGGUAGAGACCCCAGACCUGCCAGACCGACAGCAAGUCCCAUUGACAUGGACCUGGUAGAGUCGGAGAGAUGAGCUCCGCAGGCUGGGGAGGGAGAGGCAGGAAAAAGCGGUUGCCUGGUGCGGCACCGUCGGACCGCGAAACCUGCGACCAGACGUCGCUCCUCCAGCGGAGUCUCCACUAUGGAGCUUACCCGCUGCUGGCGGUGCUGUCGCUGCUCCGGCUGCUGGUCGUGCAGCUCAGCGCGAUCCUGCUGUGGCUGUACGGCCGACUGGUCCCUGCCGUGCUCACAGGGAGAACAGCCGGGCACGUGAGCGACCAGCGCGGCGACAGCCAGCAGGUCCAAGACAGCGACAGGGUCUGGAACCACCACAAGCAAGCCUUCGAGUACAUCUCGGUGGCCCUCAGGAUCGACGAAGAGGAGAAAGGCCCCAAGCUGCAGGCUGUAGAGUGGUACAAGCGGGGCAUCGCUGAGCUGGAGAGAGGCAUCUCCGUCGACCUCGGUCCAGGAACAGGGGAGACGACAGAACGAGACAAACGGCUACAGUCCAAAAUGGCCACCAACCUCAUCAUGGCUAACGACAGACUGGAGCUGCUGGCCAAGGUGGUGUCAGGGUCUUCACCUCAAAGAGAUACUUACACCACCAGGACUAACCCCGCCCACCAUAACCCUCACCUGCGCCCAGUUAACAGCGCCGCACCCAAGAAGACUGUGGCUCCCUCAAGCCAGCCCUUGACUCGACCAAAGCCCACCUCCAAGACCUCCGUCGGCCCCACGCCCCCUUCAGCUGCCCACCGAGCCCCCGCACACCACAGCAAUAAGGUGGGGGACCGGGCCCCCCCACACAACCACAGCAAUAAGGUGAAAGCAGGAAGUGGUCGUAAAGCGGGCAUCCUGAAGGCCCCGCCCCCGAAGAGAGACGUGAGGAACCUGAGGAAUGUAGACCCCAAGAUGGCCGACCUCAUCCUCAACGAGGUCGUCCACAGCGGCGUGUCUGUGCGGUUUGAUGACAUCGCUGGACAGGAAGUAGCUAAACAGGCACUGCAGGAGAUCGUGAUCCUCCCUGCCCUCCGACCCGAGUUGUUUACGGGGCUCCGGUCCCCGGCCAGGGGCCUCCUGCUGUUCGGACCCCCGGGAAACGGCAAGACCAUGCUGGCUAAAGCCGUUGCCAUGGAGUCCAAUGCUACCUUCUUCAACAUCAGCGCUGCGAGCUUAACAUCCAAAUAUGUUGGCGAGGGAGAGAAGCUGGUCAGAGCCAUGUUCGCCGUGGCCAGAGAGCUCCAGCCCUCCGUCAUCUUCAUCGAUGAGGUGGACAGCCUGCUGUGUGAGAGGAGGGAAGGCGAGCAUGACGCCAGCCGACGGCUGAAGACAGAGUUCCUGCUGGAGUUUGACGGGGUCCAGUCUGGUCAGGAUGAGCGGCUCCUGGUGAUGGGGGCCACUAACCGGCCUCAGGAGCUGGACGAAGCGGUGCUCAGGCGUUUUGCCAAGCGUGUGUAUGUGGCGCCCCCUACUGAGCAGACUCGCUUCUUACUCCUGAAGACGCUGCUGGGUAGCCAUGGCAACCCACUGAGUCAGAAGGAGCUCAAACACCUGGCCAGACUCACCUUGGGAUACUCAGGAAGUGACCUCACCGCAUUGGCUAAAGACGCCUCGCUGGGACCAAUCAGGGAGUUGAGACCGGACCAGGUGAGGAACAUGGCCGCCCGCGAGGUGAGGAACAUGCGUUGUGAGGACUUCCUGGAGUCCCUGAAGAAGAUCCGGAGCAGCGUGGCUCCUCAGACUCUGGAGAUGUACGCUCGCUGGAACGCAGAGUACGGGGACACCUCCAGCUGCUAACACACACGCACACACACACACACGCACACGCACACGCACACGCACACACACACGCACACACCCCUUUCUGAUAAGACCAAGACUGUUUCUACAAACAAUUCACGCGGAGAGACCUGCAUAUUGACCUGCGACCCCAGUCAGGUGGACAACAGGAAGCAGUGCCUUACAAGCUGAUGGUGCUGCCCUCUGCUAGCCUCCCUGGAUAACAUACUGGACACCACUUGUAGCUGGUGACCUUUGCCCUCAGGACAUCCUCAGGUUGCAGAGCUCAUAACUGCCGAAAGAGACGAGAUGAGACCACUCUGUGUUAGGGUCCAGUUCGGUUGCUCUGUGUUGGGGUCCAGCCAAGAGUCGCUGUGUGGUAGUGUCCAGUCCUGUUGCUCUCUGUUGGCCCAGAGUCGUUCUAUGUUAGGGUCCGGUUCGGUUGCUCUGUGUUGGGGUCCAGCCCAGAGUGUGCUGUGUUGGGGUCCGGUUCGGUUGCUCUGUGUUGGGGUCCAGCCCAGAGUCACAAAUUAAAAGUCACCUUUACUCUACUGUAGCUUCUCAAAGUAAGUCUCCAUUGGUUUUACCUUCAAAUAAAAAAUGCACUAGUGAA